GAUACGCCUACGGGCCUUUAAUUUUAUUAAAUUUUUCAAGCGAGAAAAGUUAAAGAAAGAAAACUAUCUAUUUAGGCUAUGUAAUACUUUCAAAGAUGAUAGUGUUACAUUUUUUAUUUAUUGUUUUAAAUCCUUUGUUUGAAAAUAUUGCAUAAAAUUUGAUAUCAUGACAGCCAAUUGGUUAAAAGAUUUAAAUCUGAAACCUCGAUCUAACUCUGUAAAAACUUUCAAAUCAUAUGUUGAUUUGGAUUGUGAAACACAAGGCAGUCAGACUGGUUAUAAUUCAUCUUUGCAAUGUGAAUAUAAAGAGAAAGAGGAAGAUGAUAACCAGUGUAAAGCAGCACCAUAUCCUCCUCCUUUCCUUUUACCUGGAGAAGUUAUUAUAGCUCAAGCUGAAAAUGUUCUUAAAUUUAAUACAUUAAGUGAAUUAAAUAAAGGAAUUUCUGGGCUACUUGUAUGUACAAAUUUUAAACUGAGCUUUUUGACAGCUGAGAAUUUCCCUUCAAAUCUGCACCAAAGAAAUAUGUUGCUUGGUGAACAUGAUAUUUGCCUUAUCAAUAUUGAUGCUGUUUUUCACGUUACCGGUGGGAAACGAAAAAAGCUUACUACUUCCAACGUGGGUAAUAAUGUUGAAAUUCUUGAAAUUCAUUGUAAAGAUUUUCGAACUUAUACCUUUAGUUUUAAAUUUUCACCAUUAUCCCAAAGAUCUGUGAUAAGUACAAUUAUUCAUCAUGCUUUUGUACCGAGGAUUAAUCUGUUAUUUGCAUUUGAUUACCAAGAUAAAUCAGAAU